AUGUCGGUGAUGUCGAUGUCUUCCAGCUCAAACGGAAGCAGUUCCAAAUCAGGAAGGGUUCCAAGUACUAGUGGAGGUGAUGACAAUAGCGAAGGUGCUAAGAAAAGAAGAAAGAGAAUAACCUUAGUGUGCAACACUUGUAGAAAGAGAAAGAUCAAAUGUGACAAGCAAAACCCUUGUUCUCAAUGUGUCAAGUCUGGCUUGGGCCACCAAUGUGAGUUUGCUCCUGUAGCUGAUCUGGUAUCAGCCAAUGGUAGUGGUGUAAUGCGGCUACAGAUUAAUGGGCCGAGCCAUGAGCCAGACGCGAUUGUGAGUGACGAGUCAGGUGGCAAGAAGCGAAAGAGAACAGACAGUGCUGCUACUAGUAGUAGUAGUAGCAGCAGUAGUGUUGAUGCUAGUGGCGUUGAAGCUGGUGGCGUUGAAGCUGGUGGCGUUGGGACCAACGUCUUUUCUGGCAAUUCACCCACAGAUGACUCCAAAGAUGAGUCGGUGACGUUUGAAGAGUUUUUACGGUUAAAGGAACGGUUAGCUCAAAUAGAGAAUGCCAUGUUGAAGAAGUCCAGCAAUAGCAACUUGACAGGUCAACUACCAGAGGUUAUACCUUCACCAGAUUCUUCAACAACAUCAAGAAACCAAGCCAUGCCCCUGUUCACUCCCUCGAGUGUUUCAUCCAGUUCUAACAGCACGUCCACCAAUGGCUAUGGUUCUAGCCCUGUUUCUCUAGUGAGACGAGAACAACAAAACUACCUUUAUCAGCGGAUUCAAGAACUAAAGAAGAUCCAAGCAGAACGACCAAAGCUUGAAGAUGCCUGUGGACAGGCUGGUUUUUUUUCUAAAAACAGAGCACUCAUUGCUAGACCAAACGAGUGUCAUGGCAUUAAUCCUUAUGUUGAUGAUGAAGAGACCAUUGACUUCUACAAAGGGUACACUUCGCUUCAUAUCAAUGAGAAGUUUAGAAGAAUGAACUUGGGUCCGUUUACUUGGGCAUCACUCAUGAAAAAGGACACGGCCAUGAACGAAAUCUAUAACUAUGUUAUGGUCCAACGGAAGUCCAAUAGCAACGGGAAUGUAUUGGAUCUGACAGAGAUCCAUCUACUUGCUAAACCAGUCAUGAACUAUACUCCGGAAAAGGGAACUGCCAUUUCGAUUCCGGAAAAGUUUACCACAGAGGGUGUGUUCAAGUUUAAAGCCAUGGAAUCAGAUGGUUAUGAAGAGAUGAUCCCUUAUAAUGAUUUAAUUAAACGUCACAAGGAAUAUAUGAAAGAUCAGGACAAUGAUCUACGGAAGGGUGUCAUGAGUAAGCUGCUACCACAAGGAGCAAAGGAACAGAAGCAGCAGCAACAGCAGGACCAACAGCAACAACAGGAACAGCAACUGCAACUGCAGCAGCAAACCCAAUCAAGGUUCCCCACAGGUAGAAGCCAAUUGACAAAGGAUGAAUUAUUACCUCUUGGUUUGACAUUUUGUGAAUGGAAGUUUGACAGAGAACUCCAACUCAUUGAUCGAAUCAAAAAUGAAUUACCCAAACGUCAGAUCUUAUGGAAAUUGGUUGAGAGGUUCUUUAGCUAUUUAUAUCCAUUCUUCCCCUUUUUAGAUGAGAAUACCUUUUACACGGAGAUCUCAAGAUUAGUGGGGCCCGUGUCAAUGGCUUAUGAAGAUGUUCCUUACAUGAAAGCUGAAAUGAGAAUGGACUUGGCUCAUUUGGGAAUAUUAUUGUUGAUCUUACGGUUAAGUUACUUGUCGUUAUUCUUCAACAGAAGUAAAGUUAACGAAGCCAACUUAUACAGUACAGAUCCUUCACCUGAAGCUCAAGACAGGAAAUUAUUAUUGAAUAAUCCUAUUAAUAUUGAUGCUGUGAAUGUUGCUGAAUCAUGUCUUUUCCAAUUCCCUUUCUUGAAGAAAGCUCAUUUGACAGUGUUGCAAUUGGCAUUAUACUAUCGGAUUUAUAAAGUAUAUGCUCCAGAGGAAGGAGAUGGCAUUGAUGGAGAUUCUCAAAUCUUGAACUCCUUAUUGGUUAACAUGUCUUAUAGUAUUGGACUCAACCGUGAUCCAGAUAAUUUUACUGAUGCUUUAAAUGAUCCCAAGCAAAACCAUCUUUGCAGAAAGAUAUGGUUCUUUCUUGUUUUACUGGAUAUUCAUAGCAGUUUUGAAUUUGGAAACCCCAUGAUCAUUGAUAAAAGGUUCUAUGAUACCAAAGUACCUUUUUAUGAACUUGGAAGUGAAAAUAUUUCCAAUGUCAUAUUGGAUAGAGCUGUGACCGAGAGUUUUAUGUCUUGUGGUACAUUGUUCCCCUUAGUUCAAAAAUUAUUAUUCAAAGUCUUAGAUAUGAAUAAUCCUCCCAAAAUGAAGGAUGUUUGUGAAGAACUUAAUUUCAUCGAAGAUAUGAUGGCUGAUCACCAGUUUAGUUUGAAAGAAUGCUUGAAACCUUUGGAAGUCCAAGAUCAUUCAUAUUUCUUUGUUCGGACUUUUAGAGCCAAGUUUUACAUUGCGCUGAAGUCAUUCUUCUUUUCAAUAUACUACCAUUUUUUCUUACAUUAUGAGAAGACUAACAUUGAGUUUUCAUUCUAUUACUUGAUGAAAUUGUUGAAGCUGUCGAUUGAUCAAACCAUGCCCUAUUAUUUUGAACUCUUGGCCAAUAGUGAUAUCAUUUGUGAUAUGAUUAUGAAUCCAAGUUUGGAGGCUUUGAUCCAUAAGUCGAACCAAUUCAAUUUUGCUUGUAUCAUUCGGAUAAACUCCUUGAUUCACUAUUUGAGUGUUCAACCAACUCAUAUCAAGUCAUUCUACACCGAUCCCAAUUACCAAUUUUAUUACAAGACAUUGGUAAAAUUAUCUUCUUGCUUGACAAGAUGUGCUGAGGUUGCAGUUGCCGCAGUAUCCAAAAUCUGCAAUCGUUAUUACUAUGCUUGGAGAAUCACUAAGGGACAAUUGUUUAUGUUGAAGAUCAUUACCUCGAAGGAGUUUUAUUCCAACUUUGAAGGUUCUGGACGACAAUUCACUUUCAGGGAUUAUAGUUUGGACCAAUUGGAGGAAUUGAUUGAAAUUUGUGAAAAGACUUUAAGUAAACUUGGUAAGGAUAAAAACACUGAAGAGUUCAAGUUUUAUGAAACUGGCUUGCCAUCUGAUUCAAGAGAAAGUAAUUCACGCAUGCAUAGUGUUCCCUCUCCCGACAUCAACGUUAAUAUGAUGUCAACAAGUAUUCCUAGGACGAAUAGCAUACCUUCGACCAGCACUCCAGGUAAUAUUACUCCCAGCAAUACCAAUACCAAUGCCAAUGCCCAACUGUUUGAACGGGCGAUGGCUGCACCGGAAUCUAUGACUUCAUCGUCAUCCAAUAUGGAAGGCUCAACUGGAACUAAACCUACUCUUCCAAGCAUGUCACCAUCUGAAUCUCUGCGCGAAAAUGAUAAGGCAAUGCAUGAUGCCAUUUAUGAGUUUGGUAUUGGGUUAGAGAAUACUCAAGAGAUUGAUAAGUUAUGGCUACUGGUGCUUUCCAUGAAGAAUGAUAAUCAAGGUGCAGGUGGUCAAGGAGGAAAUGGAGGCCGGCCAGAAGGAGGAACCGAUCAGGUACCUGACCUUAGUGGUUCCGGUAUAAAUGAUGUUAAUCAAGGAGGCACUUUUGCUGGCUCACCUUUUAAUUGGAUGGCCAAUAGUCCAAUGGGUGAUUAUAGUUCGGGCAAUGGUGGACCCGAUGAAUUGGCCAAGAUUGAUUUUUUUAGUAUUAUACCAUUUGAGGAAUUUACUUGA